UUUGUCGAAAGAAUUGUAUUUUCAAGCGUCGUCCGAAUGUUAAAGGAGGUGAAGUGUUCGGUACCAGCUGUGACAGGUGUAAUCAGUUUUUAUGUAAGUAAAGACUGCACAAAUAUAUCUGCAAGUGAGGCGGAUGCUUUAUGUGUCAUUAACAGAGUCGUAGUUUUUUACUGUAGUGGCUGUAGAUCGUCUUUUGAAGAAAUUGAUCACCUCUUGAAACGAUUCUAUGAACAAACGGUUGAAUUAGACCAAAAAAAUAUUUAUUUUAAUACACUGGAGAACGAGAUGGAGGAACUUAAAAUUGCCUUCAAACAAGAAAUUGAACGACUUGUGAAUUUGAACCACAUUAAGGACAACCAUAUUGAGAAACUUGAACGAAGAACUCAGAAUAUCGAUGAAGAAGUACUUGAGGCAGAGAAAAGCUAUGAAGCUACUCUUCGUGCGCAAAAACUUGAGCUGACUCGUCUGAAUGGUGAACUCCUUGAGUUGCUUAAGAAAAACAAUAUAAUAACUGAUAAGUUAAACUCACAAGUACUAAAAUUAGAUUUCCAAGAAAAUGAACUCUUGCACCUUAAAGUAAUAAAUAAGUCCCUGAAUGACAAUAUCUUAUCUCUGUCCAAAAAGAAUGACGCCUAUGUUUCAGAACGUAGGAGUUCAAACUGACAAAAUCGAUGGUAGCAAGGCUGCAAUUGAGAGUAGGAAAGGAAUUCAUAUACCAUAUGCUUCUUUUGAUGCCGUUGUGGAGAAUGUGGAUUGUUUGACAAAGAACUUUGGUGAAAAAGACUAUAUUAUUAUAUUCGCAG